AAUAGCAGUAGUAAAGACAUUUCUCUUGCCACUCAUCUACAUAAGAUGUUAACUCAGUUAUUCUGAUAUUAACAUUGAGUUCAUGUUAUUUCAGCUACGUGUUUGUUACUUCCUACAAUAAAUUUGUAUGCUUUUAAAUAAAACCUUUUAUUCAUAUUUCAGUCUUUGUAUGCCAGUAUAUGUGCUGUGGGACAGUAUACACACAAACACCUUAAUUCAGUAAAGGGAAGGGGGACAGAAAUCCUGCACAUUGCUGCUGAGGCAAGGUCUUUCAGUUUUUCUGGGACUUUGAUCUUUAACUAAGCAACCUGAAUAUUUUAUGUAGUGUUCUAACCUUUAAGAAGAGCUGGUUUGAGGACUUCUGAUAGUCCUUUGUUUUUUCCAAGAAAGAUCAGUGGGUGCCUUGCGUUUCUAAAAGGAAAAUUGUUUUUUUUCUGCUAGACAGAGGCCUUGUGCUGUUUCAGUGGAAGAUAUCUAGUCGGUAUUCGGUAAUCUCUCUGUGAUUUGUCUUGAAGUAGUAUGUGGAUGGUAUCUCUGAAGACACCAUCACGCAGAGGAAUUGAUCUCUGGUUAAAUCCAUGAUGAUUUUUCUCUUGAUCUGCUUGCCUUAGCUCAAAGGGACUUCCUGGUUUCUUAGAAUCAUAGAAUGUCCCAAGUUGGAAGGGACUGACGAGGAUCAUCAAGCCCUACUCCUGGCUCCAUGCAGGACCACCCAAAAAUCAAACCAUAUGUCUGAGAGUGUUGUUCAAACAUUCACACUGGCGGGCUUCGUGCUAUGAUCUGGGGAUCCUAUUACAGUGCCUGAGCACCCUCUCAGUGAAGAACCUUUUCCUGACAUCUAACCUUGACCUCCCGUGAUGAAGCUUCAUGCCAUUCCUUCAGGUCAGCAGAAAGAAAAGAGAUCAGCACCUUCCCUUCCACUCCCCCUCAUGAGGAGGCUCUAAAUCCAGGAAGUUACGACUGAGACCUCGCAAUACCAGAAAUCAUUGCAAAUAUGGGUCCCAGGCGGAAAAAUGUGAAACCAUGCUCAGUGAACAGAGAAGGCUCUGAGUCUACCAAAGCUGAUGAGCCAAAAGACUACAUGAACCAGCUCUCUCAUGAAGUGCUUUGCCACAUAUUUAGGAUAUCAUGUGCAUGGAAUGCCUGUCCCGGAAGCUGAAGGAAGCAGUCACUCUUUAUCUGCGAGUAGUGAAGGUUGUGGAUUUAUGUGCAGGCCGUUGGUGGGAAUACAUGCCCACUGGUAUCUUGAAAGACGCAGAGUCCGUGGCCAUGAAGCUUUCAGCAUUCCUGGAGUUCUAGAGGCUUUGCAGGCCUGUCCAAAUCUGUUGGGUGUUGAAACCUCUCAUUUAGAGCUGGUGGAAGCUAUUUGGACAUAUAUGCCACAAGUUCAUAUUUUAGGGAAGUUUCGUAAUCGUAAUGGUGCUUUUCCAAUCCCUCCUGAGAACAAGCUGAAAAUUCCUAUAGGAGCUAAAAUUCAGACUUUGCACUUAGUAGGGGUGAAUGUCCCUGAGAUUCCUUGUAUCCCAAUGCUGAGGCACCUUUAUCUGAAGUGGGUGAGACUCACCAAACCACAGCCUUUUAAAGAUUUCCUUUGUAUCAGCUUACGCACUUUUGUAAUGAGGAAUUGUGCAGGACCCACAAAUUCUUUGAAGUAUGUUCCCCUAGUGACGGGCCUAGCUUCUGCCCGAAAUUUGGAGCAUUUAGAACUGGUUCGUGUUCCGUUUCUAGGAGGACUUAUCCAGCAUGUAGUAGAAGAUAGCUGGAGAUCAGGUGGUUUUAGGAAUUUGCACACUAUAGUUCUGGGAGCUUGCAAGAAUGCACUUGAAGUGGAUCUUGGCUACCUCAUCAUAACUGCUGCACGAAGGUUGCAUGAAGUGCGGAUCCAGCCUUCCUUGACCAAAGAUGGUGUUUUUUCUGCUUUGAAGAUGGCUGAACUGGAAUUUCCACAGUUUGAAACUCUUCAUCUAGGAUAUGUUGAUGAGUUUUUACUACAGUGUAAAAUGACAAAUGGGGACUUGGUGAAGUAUGGCUUGGCUGAUGUGGUUGAAAAUCCAGGAAUUAUUACAGAUAUUGGUAUGAAAGCUGUAAAUGAGGUUUUUUCUUGCAUCAAGUAUCUGGUCAUUUACAACUGCCCACAUCUACAUAACCCAAAUAAUUGGAUCACAGAUCAUUCAAGAUGGACCCGACUGGUUGACCUCACCCUAGUGCGAUGCCACGCAAUAAAGCUAGAUUCUUUUAGUCAGUUCAUUGAGUUAUUGCCAAGCUUAGAAUUCAUUUCUUUGGACCAGAUGUUCCGUGAACCUCCUAAGGGUUGUGCUCGUGUGGGCCUAAGUGCAGGUACAGGAAUUGGUGUCUCAUCUGCCCUGGUCAGCAAUCAGAACUCCAACAAUGACAAUGACAACAACAAUAACCACCAGAAUAACAACAAUCCCAACAUCCACCACAACAAUCACCAGCACCCAAAUGACCAAAAUGAGGAGAAUGAGCUGCGGCAAGAUGGGCAAGCUGAAGAGCAGCAGAUUGCAGCUGAAGCAUUAAAUGAGAUGGAGGAGGUGGCACCAGAGGAAGGGGUGGCUGCGGGGCAGGGCCACAACAAUGACCCUGCUCACAGUCAGGCUGUCGUUCCUAUGGAGGUCGAUGAAGAGCAAGCAGGACCAAGUGGCAUUCAGCCUGUUGUAAAAGCAGCGCCUAUUACUGUCCAUGAUUCAGACAGUGAGGAUGAGGAAGAAAACACGGGAACUUCAAGAGCCUGCAUCACUAACAACAUUGCACAGAAUUACUCAGAUGGAGAGGAGAAAAACAGAGAUCCAGUGGAAAUUAGAGAACCUUCAGUGAGCGGUAAAGGCAAGACACCACUGCGGAAGAGAUGCAGUGCCAGCCAAGUGGGCCAGGCAAAGCAGUUCCAUGCCGAGGAAAGCAGCUGUGAGAAAGGUUGUCAAGUAACAAGUGAGCAGAUUAAAGCUGACAUGAAAGCAGCAAGUGACAUGCCUGAAAGGAACAAAAGCAAGGAUUCUUACCCGGGUUGCAGUAAUGCAACGGGAUCAACAGGAACAUCCAACUCCUGCAGUGCUGUUUCUCCUAGCCCUGACUGUGCACAGACGGCUGGUAGCCACUCUGCUGGCACCAGCCCAGCAGCUGCAGAUGAAUCCAGGCAAUGUGUCUGCUCGCCUAGUAAAAGUGAAGGUUCCAGUGAGAGAGAGACUGAGGAGAGCUCUGUUUGUUCCAGGUGUUCCUGCUACAAGCCACAGGACACACAGCGGAGGACUAGUGGGUGUUGUGAUGGGGAAUACCCAUCCACGAGUGGAGCCUGUGGGAACGGACCAAACAGCACUGGGUCAGAUUUUGCACUUAGGACUCUGCCAAACUGUGGGUCUCCAGGAGAGGCAAGUGAUGAGAGGACUAGUGGGAGUGCCUGUGGGCCUGCCAGUGGGGAGGAGAGCAUGGGCUCACAGCAAAGGAGCUGUGAGCUGGAGUAUAAAGAAGAGUAUCCUCGCCGACCACUAACAAGAGCUAGAAGCAAGCUGUCACAUGUCCCUCUGGUGUCAGAGUCAGAGGUGGCCAAGCCAAAGCCACGGCAAACCACAAAGCGGAAAAGGACAGCUGACAAGUCCACAAGCACAAGUGACCCAGUUAUUGAGGAUGAUCAUGUUCAAGUCCUGACUUUGAAAUCCAAAAACCUUGUUGGAAUCACCUUGACCAAUUGUGGAAUAACGGAUUUGGUACUGAAAGACUGCCCCAAAAUGAUGUUCAUACAUGCUACAAGGUGCCGUGUGUUGAAACACUUAAAAGUAGAAAAUGCGCCAGUUGUCAAUCGGUUUGACUACGCCCAGUGCAAGAAGUUAAACAUGGAUCAGGUUCUGGAUCAGAUUCUCAGGAUGCCUCCGGAAAGAAACCGGAUCAUUUAUCUUCGUCCAAUGCAGCAGGUUGACACAUUGACUCUUGAGCAAAAGAUAUUUAGUGGCCCUUAUCCAUACCACAUUUGCAUAAUUCAUGAGUUCAGUAACCCACCUAACGUCCGCAAUAAGGUGCGCAUUCGGAGCUGGAUGGACACAAUAGCAAAUAUUAACCAAGAGCUUAUUAAAUAUGAGUUCUUCCCUGAAGCAACACGAACUGAUGAAGACUUGAAAAAAUACACUAAGUAUCCUUGGGGACGAGAUAUUUACACUUUAGAAGGCAUUGUGGAUGGCGCCCCUUACUCCAUGAUUACUGACUUCCCAUGGUUGAGAUCAUUGAGGACAGCAGAGCCAAAUAGCUAUGCCAGAUACGACUUUGAGGAUGAUGAGAGAACUACUAUUUAUGCACCCCGGAGGAAAGGACAGUUGUCUGCAGACAUCUGUAUGGAAACAAUAGGAGAAGAGAUCUCUGAACUGCGUCAGAUGAAAAAAGGAGUAUUCCAGCGUGUGGUGGCUAUCUUCAUCCACUACUGCGAUGUCAACGGUGAACCAGUAGAGGAUGAUUACAUCUGAGUGGAUCCCCCACCUAACCUGUCAUCUCUUCCUAAGUUCUGAUUGGCACUGCCAGCUGAGAAAGCAGGUGGAUUCUUUCUGAAUGCAGAGCAUUUUCUUGAAACACAUACUUUGCAGUUGCUCUCACUCUGUUUGGGAAAGAGUAUGUAGUAAAUGUAUAAUGAAAAGUAAAAAUUGUAUACUAAGGUUUGUACAUAGAGUAAACAAAAGAAAAAAUUCCUAAUGCUGAGACUUUAUUUCAUAUGUUUAUACAAUUUAAUUUAAAUUCCAUUUUAAUGAAGGCCAAUAAUUAGGAACAGGGAAGAAUAUUUGAAUUCUUCAGCCCAUGCAAUUCACAGAAGUAUUUUUUUUCUUACAAUCAAAAUCCCAUUUGCUGUGUUCAAGAGAGUCAGAGUCUCUUUUAAUCUGUGCCUUUUUCUUGAGCAUUUAAGAGUCCAGUCUGAGUAAACCUGUUGAGCACAA